UGGGCGGGCAGCCCUGCGGGGGACGCGGCCGCCGGCGGGAUGCGGUGCGCGCCAUGUGCGGGGUGGCGGCGGGACCGGCCCGUCCCUGUCCCGGACUGUGCCCGUGUCCCCGUGCCCGGCUUGCCUCGGGGGCAGCGCGGGGUCAGAGAAGGGCGGGAAGCGGCGGGGUGGUCGCGGCUGAGAUGGGCCGGGAGGGCGCUGGCCGCGGUCACGGGCGGGCUCGGGGACGCUGCCCGGGAGCGCCUUCGCCUCCCGCCGAGCGCGGCCCGGCUCCCGCGGGUGGCAGGAGCGGUCCGGCUGAGCCCGCUGCCCAGCCCGGCAUUUGAGCACAGUGUCCCGUGUUCUCAGCCCGGCCCGGGCUCCUGUCAAGUUGGAGUCUGGCAUUCCUGUGGGAUAGCAGGACUAGAUUGGUGCAGUGAGCGCAGCAGCUUAUUCGGAGGCACCGGAAAAGUCUUUCAGUUUUUGCUAAUAAGGAGCAGACAUUGUUUUCAACAUCAGUUUAAGGAAUUUACUGAGCGAGAUCGCCUGCUCCAUUUGUCCACAGCUCUGUCCCCGUCACUUGCAUUCAUUCUGCCGCAGGAACCCAGCGGGGCCACAGAGUUUCCAAGCACCUUGGGCAGCGAGGUCUGUGUAGGAACUACGAAUUUCAUGUAGGAUCUGGUGAAUGAGUUCACAAUCCCUGAUGAUGCAUGAAAUCCAGCAACCACCUGAGCAUCAAGCUCAUGCAGCUGGACAAUCUGUUGCUCCCCAGCCUGCAACACAUGAAUUUCAGGACAGAGGUCAUGACAAGCCGGGUCAAGAGGGGUAUACCCAGAAUCAAAGAAGAAAGUUAGAAAAAUUCCAAAGCAGAUACCUAGCAAGGAAGUUUUUUUAUCUGUGGGCAAAAAUGACAUUUGGACAAGUUCUCCCUUCCAAAGCCAGAUGUUUUUAUGGUAAGAAGAUUCUUCAAAAAACCUUUGGAGAGUGGAAGGAGCAGUGGACACUUUGCAGAGAAAAGAAGCUCAGCCUCAGAGCAGAUAACCAUUACAGGAAUUUACUCCUUAAAUUGAUAUUCAAGGCUUGGAGAACCUAUGUAUGCCAACAGCAAGGAAAGAGGAGCAAGUAUUAUGUUGCAGAGUCUCAUGCAAAGAGGCAAACUCUGCUCAGGACCUGGCAGCACUGGCUGGUUUAUGUUGAUGUUCAAAGGACAAAACAUGGGAUGCAGUCGGUAGCACUGGCAUUCAGGAGAAGAAGCUGUUUGCGCAUUUCAUGGGCAGUGUGGAGAAGACAGCACUACCAGAAAUGCUCUGGACAUAAAAUGAAUAUUUUGGCUCUGCAGCACUGGGCCCAGAGCCUGCAAUUUCGAGCUUGGUUGCAGUGGCGAGAGAUGUAUUUACACACCCAGAAUGAAAAGCAGAAGUACACCAGGGCAGUAACUCACCAUCAGCACUGGGAAUUGAGGAGAUGCAUGGGAGCAUGGCUGGGAUACCUGAACCUCCAGAGAGUAAAGAAACGCCAGAAUGUGCUGGCCCAAGAGUUUCAUCAAAGCAGGAUGCUCCGGAGGUGCUUCUCCGAUUGGCAGCUGUCAUGGGAGUGCAGGAGAAGAAUGCGUGCUCACAGAAGUGACCUGGAAAAACAAGCAACAAGGAUCACCUUAUGGAGAGUCUUUGCACACUGGAAGCAUUAUGUGCUGUGUGUGGAAGAGGCUCAGCAGCGUGAGCUGGCUGAAAAGCACUACAGGUGUCACCUGUUGGAACUUGGCCUUAAGGGUCUUCGGCAGAAUGUCCUGGACACUCGUCUUCAGCGAAUGAGAACAAAUUUGUCAUUCUGUCAGCAUCGAGUUACAGUGCUGCAGAAGUACUGGAACCGUUGGAAGUCCCGUUUGGAAGAGAAGGAGGAAGAAGAGCAGCAGGCCUUAACAUCAAUGGCUCAUGCCCAUUAUAGGAGGGUGUUGAUGAGACAGGUAUUUGACACAUGGCUGCUGAAGGCCUGCACGCUGCAAGGGUAUCGAAUGGAAGAGAAGAGGGCUGUCCUCCAUUUCGAAAGGCAGCUCUUGCGCUGCUUCUGGUCCUGCUGGCGCAGAAGAGCAGCUGCACGUUUGGAGGAGCAGGAGGGCUUGGCUCGUGCAGGAGAUCACUACAGAAACCAGCUGCUGCUAAAGGCCUUCUGUCUGUGGAAACAAAAGACUCAGGAGAGAGAAACAGAGAGGCUCAAGGAGACGAAAGCAUUAAGAUUUCACUGUUCAAAGUGUCUGCAGCAGACUUGGAACAAGUGGAGAGAGUAUGUGGGACAUCAGCGUGAGAAAUGGAGGAAGCUGAUGCAAGCAGAUCUGCACUAUCAACGUGUGUUGCUGGGCAAGACCUUGGCAGCUUGGAAGAUUUACCAACAAAACAUACAGUGCAUUUUGUAUCAAGUAGCUGAGAAGGAGAAACAGCACACUCGACUGCUGCUGCGACAGGUGCUGUGUACGUGGAGAGAAAAUGCUCUUGCUCUUAUACAUGAAUCUGAGGCAACUACUCGGGCAGAUGAGCACUACAGGAGAACAAUCCUGUCAAAGGUGCUGCUGCAGUGGAGAGACACUGCCUGGCUACAAGCCUGUCACUGCCAUCUGAAGGUGACAGCUGUGGUGGAGGCCAGAAAACAUUUGGAUUUAGUGCAUUUACAGAGCCUGUUUCUGCACUGGAAGGAAUUGAUGAGGGAGUCUCUGAUGCUGAAGGCUGAGCACCACAGGGCAGCACAGCACCACCAGCAGCACCUGCUCCAGAAGUACCUGGUGAAAUGGAAAAAUUAUCAUCAGCAGCGCCUUGGGAAAAAGCUGCUGCAGAGAAGGGGAGAUGAACUAAUGACUCAUAGACUUUGCUCUGCUUCCUUCUCUUGCUGGAAAACUCGGCUGUUGCAGCAGCAAUGGGAAAAGCAGAAGACAGUGCAAGCAUUGUGGCACUGGUCCCUUUCAGUGCAGAGAAAGGUAUUUGAUGCUUGGUUCAGGUUUGCCAAGGGGCAGCAGGAGAAGAAAAAUGGCACUGAAAAGGUCACACAAGUUCACCACACAGCUCCUUUGAGAGAAGGUGUAACCUGUGCCUUGAGAAACACUGCUGGCAUCAAACAGCUGCAGGGACAGCUCCAUACCCAGCCCCAGCUGGAGAAACAAGUGACAUUUAAAAAUCCUGAUGUUAGUCCUGAGACAAGAGAACAUUCAUCAGAGGAAGAGCCAUGGCCUUCAAAAUGCAGAUAUCUACCUCUUCAUCCUGCUGAGGGGGACUCAGUUCUGCGUGGCCUAAAUGCCAUUCAACGAGCCAGGUUACCACCACGGAAGCCUGCCUUCUCUCUGGAAUCUCUAGAAAGCAAGGAACUGCUGGGACCUCCUUUUACUAGGUCAGAGGUGCCCUUUCAGCAGACAUCUGUGAAUAAAUGUCCUGCACAGACCAGGAAUUUAAUGCUGACACCUCACAUGGAAGAAAGUACCUGUAAAUGUCUAUCUCAGAUGGACAAUGCUGCUCAUCCCCAUCCCUCUCUCACUUGUGCUUCUCUCCCUCCAUGGACUCAGGACAUGCACCGGGCUGGACAGAGCCCAGAGCUGUGGUGUCCUGCAUCUUUCAUGUCCCACAUGAAAGCUGGCUCAGAAGAGAGAGGAAGUCAGCCUGUGAAUGGUCACAAAGGAGCCCAUUCCCAAGACUCUCAACAGAAUUCUGUGGAGAAGUUGGCACCAAACUUGCAGCCACAUUUCCUGUCACCUGAAGACUUGAUGGGAAAAGGGAGUCACCAGACUGCAGCUGAAGGGGAAAAGAAGCAGCACAGUUCCAGAGAAGAAAUGAUGUUGGAGAGAAAGGUGGAAGUUGAACUCUGGCAUAUCCAGCAGCAGAUGCAGUACUACUACAGCAGGAAGCAGGAACUCAAGUGCUGUCAGCAGCAGGCACAGAUUCUGCAGCAGUGGCUGGAAAUGGGCACGCAACCAGGACCCCAAGAUGGUGUGCAAGGAGUUCAGGAAGAAUUGGGUCAGUUGCAGGUGAGGAUCAAGACUCUCACCAAAGCCCAGCUGGCCGAGAGACAUCAUGUGCAGGCCCUGCUGGCCCGCCUGCGAGAGAUCCAGCUUGCCCUGGAUCUGUAGUGCACCUUCCAACCUCCCAGCUCAGGGGCGAUCAAAACUAAACUGGAGCUACAUCUACCUCAUGCUGCACUUGCAAUACCUUGUUUAGAUUACCUGCCAUGCCACAAAGAUAAGCAACACAGAUAAGACUCUUUAUUUCAAAAUGUUUGCAAUUAAAUGAGUUCGUGUCAGUAAGUCAUACACUUUGACAUACAAAAAUACCGUGCUACUGAUACAGUUGAAUUAAAUGGAUUCUCCAUGCAGGAGAAAUUCACAGCAUUAUCAGUACCCUCGAGGAACUUUUUCACUCCUGGGGUGCAUUGCUGCCCCUGCAUCACAAGCAAUGUUGGUUUAUUAGCUUGCUCUGCACAGUAUUAAAACCAUCAAAACAACAGCCACUUGCAUGCUGAAUCCUCUCUUCCUUCUGAGAUUUCUAAUAAAGCAAACAUCAAGCAACCCUUCCUCCAUCACUAGGCUAAUAUUUACCUUCAGAUACUAUGGAUGAUGCUGCUGAGUAGGAAGAAAUUAAAGCUUUAACUUCCUUUGGCUUUGUCUGGAUGUCAUAAACCCCAGUGGAAAAGAAGGAAAAGAUUCAGCUGUCUUUUUCUCUCAUCCACUGGAAAAAAACACUUUCUCUUGUUAACAUGACAUUGAAAUUCAAUCAAAAAGCUCACCCUAAUUUUAUCCUCUUGGGGUUGAUAUUUGCCUUACUCUUUUCUCACUCUCAAAGAUUUAAAAAGACUUGUAUCUGGUACUUUACUGCUGCAGGAGUAAACUUGCUAAUACCAAGAAUUUUAACAAGAUAGGUGGCUGAGAGCCACUUCAAGCUUUCAAACUCCUCCCUGUGCGAGGAAACACUGACUCCUGGAGCCAAAUGAAUUUUCUCCUGCUUGUCACCCAAACAGCCACCCUCAUCUGACUCAUGCUGGGCUACAUCACUUAGAGGCAGUUUAUCAUCGCUUCCUUCCCGAUGACAAGCUAAGCAUACAGGACUUGGCAAACUGGACAUUUGUACAACAAAAUUAUAUUCUAUUUUCUGCAGUGCAUACAAAGAAGGGUUUCUUUAGGAGAUCAGAGCUUAUCAAAGCCUGUCGUCUCCUUGAAGUAGGAGAAAAGUAGCUCAAGCAAGGAAGUAGUAUGAGAAAUCUUUCAGAAAGCACAAAGGCAGGUUUCAUAAGCGUGUCCACUCCAACAAGCUCUGGAUAGCAAAAUCAGUUCUAAAUGUUUGAGUGCU